CUUCCCCUGCCUUCCAUGCAGCAGUCCCCCUUUCCUUCCCCUUCCGUCGCCCUCCGCACUCCUCCAAAACACAACGAGAAAAACAGAGAGACGACCACCGCUCCGCGCCGGCCGGCCAUUCCAUCCGGCAAUGGCCUCCGCCGCGGGCGCCGCAUCUGCCGCCAUCGCCCUCCUCAUCCUCCUACCCCUCGCCGCCGCCUCCGACUCCGACCACAAGUACCAAGCAGAGGAGCCUGUGACGCUCUGGGUGAACAAGGUUGGUCCGUACAACAAUCCCCAGGAGACAUACAACUACUACAGCCUCCCAUUUUGCCAUGCGUCAGAAAACCAUGUGCAUAAGUGGGGAGGACUUGGCGAGGUCCUUGGUGGGAAUGAACUCAUUGACAGCCAGAUCGACAUAAAGUUCAGAAAGAAUGUCGAUAAGGCCACAAUUUGUUCGCUCGACCUGGAUCUUGUCAAGGCUAAGCAAUUGUCAGAUGCGAUUGAGAACUCGUAUUGGUUUGAAUUUUUCAUUGAUGAUUUGCCUUUGUGGGGUUUUGUUGGAGAGGCAGACAGAAACAAUGAUAACAAAUAUUUCCUAUUCACCCAUAAGAAUAUCGUCAUCAGAUACAAUGGCAAUCAGAUUAUCCAUGUUAAUCUUACUCAAGAAAGCCCAAAGCUUAUUGAUGUGAACAAGGCAUUGGACAUGACAUAUUCUGUCAAAUGGGAACCAACAGACAUAACAUUUGCUCACCGCUUUGAUGUGUAUCUGGACUAUCCUUUCUUUGAACACCAGAUUCACUGGUUCUCAAUUUUCAAUUCUUUCAUGAUGGUUAUCUUUCUCACUGGACUAGUGUCAAUGAUACUGAUGCGGACUCUAAGAAAUGAUUAUGCAAAGUAUGCCCGUGAUGACGAUGAUAUUGAAACUCUGGAACGAGAUGUCAAUGAAGAAUCUGGAUGGAAGCUUGUACAUGGUGAUGUUUUCCGGCCUCCUUGCAAUCUAGUUCUUCUUUCAGCUCUUGUUGGUAUUGGUACACAGUUGGCAGCACUGAUUCUACUAGUGAUUUUGUUGGCAAUCAUUGGAAUGCUGUACAUUGGGCGAGGAGCUAUUGUCACAACAUUCAUUGUUUGCUAUGCUCUUACUUCAUUCAUCUCUGGAUAUGUCAGUGGUGCACUAUACUCACGGCAUGGAGGGAAAAACUGGAUCAAGGCGAUGGCCAUGACAGCAUCACUUUUCCCAUUUAUGUGCUUUGGAAUUGGCCUAGGGCUUAACACUAUUGCUAUUUUCUAUGGAUCAUUAGCUGCCAUACCAUUUGGUACGAUGGUGGUUGUUUUCAUCCUGUGGGCUUUCAUCUCUUUCCCUCUUGCCCUUUUGGGAACUGUUGUUGGUAGAAACUGGAGUGGCGCCCCAAACAAUCCCUGUCGGGUAAAGACUAUUCCUCGACCUAUUCCUGAGAAGAAAUGGUACCUCACACCCUCAGUCAUUGCGCUUAUGGGAGGACUGCUUCCAUUUGGUAGUAUCUUUAUUGAGAUGUACUUUGUCUUCACAUCCUUCUGGAACUAUAAGGUCUACUAUGUUUACGGGUUCAUGUUGCUGGUCUUUCUAAUCCUCAUAAUUGUCACCAUAUGUGUAACAAUUGUCGGAACAUAUUUCUUGCUAAAUGCGGAGAACUACCACUGGCAAUGGACUUCAUUCUUCUCUGCUGCUUCCACUGCUGUGUAUGUUUACCUCUACUCCAUAUAUUAUUACCACAUGAAGACCAAGAUGUCAGGAUUCUUCCAGACAAGCUUCUACUUCGGCUACACUCUAAUGUUCUGCCUAGGUUUAGGAACACUAUGCGGUGCCGUUGGGUAUCUUGGAUCGACAUUGUUUGUGAGGAGGAUCUACAGGAACAUAAAGUGUGACUAAGUGAAGAUAAUAUCGCCCCAUUUUGGGUCAGUGCAGAGAAACUGUAUGGCAGAGCCUUAUUUGAUUGGGCGAUCACUGAUUCUACAACCAAGAAGCCAGGGCGUUGUGUGGAAUGUGAUCAUCGUUUGGCGCUGAGCUGAAAGCCAUGUAUUUCAAUUCUUGUCAUUUUUGUUUCUCUCCUAUCUCUUCUGGGCUUGGGCAGGCAACAAAUUUUCAUGUUCAAUUAGUUAUAUACAGUAGUAAUUGUAGUUGUUGAGUAGUAGGUCUGUAGCAUAUACCACAAUUGUUAUCCUUGAACCCAGUGAUACCUCAGAUUGAUGGGUAUAAACUGUAACAUUUACAUUACUUGAUGUUUGACGAUGAACACAGUUCCAAAAGAAUCAUGUUUGGUA